AAUUCCCGGAAGUACAGCAUCAAGGAUAUCAGCAUUUGAAAGCUCUGGCGCUACUAACGACGGUCCAGCUUCUCAAUAGACCUGGAGAAGGCCUACCUUUGGCUGGUUGGUUGUACGGGGUGCGGUAUUCCAUCGUCAAGCGUCAGAAUAAACCUUUAUAAACAAAAAAGUGUUAAUUUAUUUGAAUAUGUUCUUUAUUAUCAUUGUCGAAGUUUAGAUGCCGUUUACAUGAAACAGACCAGCAAGACAUCUGAAGAAGGUAUAUGAAGCCGUCUGUAGCUUCUGCCAGGAGAGCCCAUGGAGCCAGACAUCAUGCCCAUGUACUCCUCCUCGCCUCCUCCACUGGACGAUGAUGACGAGGCAAGCACAGAAGAGGAUGAGGAUGACUUUAGAGAAUUCAGGGGAUUUUGUGGGGCAGGGUCUGACAGCUUUAGCUUCUCCAAGUUCACUCACCUGCCCCCAUCCAACCUAAACCAGCCCAGCCAAACCAUAGAUGCUGCAGAGCACUUUGCUAACAGUGGAAAUAGAAUUUCUCAAUUAGGGGAUUCCAUCCCUGAAUCUCACUUUGUGGAGAAAUCCCAACCCACCUCCACCAUUACCACUGGAGUAUGCAGGGCUCAUCAACAGAAAGAGCACUGCUGUAACAGGGAACACCAUAAGUCCCCCACCAACGUGCUCUCAGAGGGUGAGACCUUCAGGCAUUCAACUUUUGGGACCAAUUCAGUUUCUGCACCAGGUGCCCACUCUUUAAGCGAGGAAACCGGGUUUGUGGAACUGUCUGUGUUCUCAGAAACUCAAGUACAUCCUUGGUGCUGUGGCUUCACACCUUCUGGUACUGCAAAGGACUGGGAGGAUAGAGCCGAAAGUACAAAUAGGGAAGAAUGCUUGAAAACCAAACAGCAGACAGUCACAGGCUCUGAGCUGCGAUCUGUAGCAGGAGAAAGGGUCAGGGAUCGCACUAUCAUCCAUCACUGUGAGCAGGGGGAUACAGGAUUCACACACCCUCCUCAGGACCACCACCUAAAGGCUCCCGCUAGUCUCUCUUGCCCCUCAGAGGUGCUUGAUUCUGGGAAUGAAGACCUGGAAGACCUUAGGAGUGAGGACAGGACGCCAAGUCUGAGCCAUCUUAAAAAGGCACCAGAACUGGUAGUUGGAAAGUCAGAUGAAGAGAAAGAGGUAGAGAUAGAUAGUGAAGAAAUAGAGCAUAGUGCCUCUCCUCUAAACAACACAGUCAGUGAGUCUUCAAAUGAGGACUUUGCUUCGUUCUGCGAUGCUGUGUCUCCAGAUGGUCUGGAGGAUUUGGGGUACUUUGUCCAGACGAUCGAUAAUCCUUUGCCACCUGCUCCAGAGAAAAAGGAGGUGGUGUCAGGUUACAUCAGGGAAGAGACUGAAAUCCAGUUGGAAGAGGAGAGGGAGAACAUCAGGGAUGCUGGGAUUUCCCCCAGCCAAUUAAAGGCCUCUUUAGAGGAGUCCAGGAUACAAGGGGAAGAGGAGUGCUCUGCAGAUCUCAACCAAAAUCAGAGAGAGGUUGGGGAUAAAGACCUUGACCAAGCCCAAGACAGUGGAGUGAGGGAGUGGGCACAGAGUGGCCUCCCCCCCAGUGACAGCUUUGCAGACUUCUGCUCGGCACCCUCAGAUCAGGAGGAAUGCUUGGAAGGAGAAGCUGGAGGAGACUGGGUGGCGUUUGGUGUAAUGGGGGCUCCUACUGAGUUGGUGGCCACCUGGGCAGAUUUUGGAGAUCUUGGUAGUUCGGCUGGGCAGAAAGAAAACGAGACGGAGGACAAAAUAUGUCAGAGGGACACUGCCGCAAAAAGAGAGCAAGCCUCAUUUUCUAGACAACUCCACAGACUUCUUCAGGAGAGUUUCCAUGCAGUGAAGAUCCAACAGGAGAAAGAGGAGGAGGUGUGUGUGCCCAGCCUUGGGGCAUUGCUACAGCACCACGACACUCAGCCUGAGGAUGGAGAGAAGAAACAGGGGGAGGAGAAACCCCACUAUGCAGCCCACUGGGUUCCGAGAGGUGUGUGGCGACAGCCCUGUGAAGUCCAUGACGCCUUUGGCCUGAAGUUCCAGUGGGGGGGUUCCCACAGCAACAGAAUACUACUCCACUGCCUGGGCAUGGAUACCAGAAACAUUCUUUUUACUGGAGAGACCAAGCAACCAGUGAUUGUUCCUGCCUUUGCAGCCAACCUCGGUAUGUUAGAGCCCACCAAAGAGUCAGUGAAAGCAGCAGGGCAGACAGCUGAAACUGCACAAGUACUUCCUGGAUCCCAGGAAACAAGAAGAGCUCUCUCAUCAGACUCGGCACAGGCAUCGUUCUUGACCAGCCAGUGUGACAGGAGCAGCAGUGGCCUUAGCAACCCUCAGGACGCCAGCAGAGGCACCUUUGUGUUAAACCUUGAUUAUUUUGGGCCUGUGGAGGACUGUGGGUCCAGCAGCAGCAGCAGCAGGAGCAGCAGCCCUCCACCAGGGGUAGACCGUGAGCUGUAUGAACUGACCACAGCAAAACUGGAACCCAGAAUUAACAGUUGCCACCUUGAAGAAACCUUCAAUCGCCUUAUGUCCUCUAUGGAGAUAACCAGCACUGCUACAAGUAACCGAGAACCACAGCAGGACAAAGAUCUGAGUGCGGAAGCAGCUGCUGUGGUGUGCGAGGUACCAGAUCUGUCCUUCAUGCGGGCCAAGGUCCUGAUGUUUCCCAGUAUCCUCAUACCACCAGAGGGCUAUUCCACAGCACUGAAGUGAUGGCCCACACACAGACUUUAAGGUUAUGGCCAGAAGUCAUGGAUAUAUCAGUUCCCAACACAUGGCUGUCACUGACACUUUCCAGUCACCUACAAUCUAAACAGAAGCAAUAUAAAAAUGUAUCUACCCCAAAUAAGUGAAACACUGAAUAAACAGACUGAGGUCUACUGUAUCAUAAAACUUUUUUUAAAUACUACGAUUACGGAAUGUUUUUGCCUCUUGAUAAUUUGGCAGACGUUUUCCUCCGUGCCUCUUGGGAAAAUAUUCAGAUUAUCCAGAGGUAUAUGGGUAUCCCUGGUUGGGAAUCAUUGUCCUUAGCUGUAUUUAAUAGCUUUAGAUUUGUUGUAAUAACUUUGGGGUGCUGAAUAUAUUUUAAAAUUUACAUUUAAAAUGUAUUUAUUUAUUGGCAUAUAAUGCAGAGUGCAAGAAUUUCUUCCUUUGAUUAAAAAGAGAACAUUUAAUUUGUACUUGGCUCUUCGCUCCCCUGCAGGUCAUAUGUAAGUCAUAUGUAAGUCUGUGUCUACAGGUACUUUAAUUGACAUGGAAAUGGAAACACGUUGAUGACAAAAUAGUUUGUUUGCCUUCAAUAUUUCAAUAUCCUUUAUUCUACAGCAAUGGUCUUUAAAAUAACUUCAAUUCUAUGGAGUUUUUGGGGAGCUAGUUCAUUAGUUAUUAUUAAUGGAACACAAAAUGGAUGACUUAUUAACUGUCUUAAUAGCUGAAGUAUUUCCCUAGUUGAUCGAACACAACUAGCCUACCAAUUGUUCUGAGACCACAGUUUCUUCUGUCAUGCAUUAACAGCUGUCAUCUUUCACUCACUCAUUUACGCUCUAAAUCACACACACACACUCAAUUUGGCAAUUUACACAAAAGGUUUCUGUCUUUGUAAUAUUUAUAUUAAAAAGUGAUGUUUCAGUUAAAUGUUUUUCAUGUUCAUCUGUUGGUCUAAAAUAAAGUGUCUUGCUAGUCA